UGUCUGCAGAGUUUCCAAACACAAGGUGUUGGGCAUGCUAUGUGGCCUUCUCGCCUGGGCAUUUGGAUCUUUUGGUGUCGGCUUCGCUUCAGCCGGCCGCUCCGGGGAUGUUCGGACCACUCGUUGUGCACAGUCGACUGACGCUGAAGGGCCGGUUCCAGCCUUGAGAUUUUUAGGCGAUCCUGAUCUGAUGCAGCCUCAGCCAGAGGUAUCGGAGGAGGUGCAAGGAGCAGAAUUCCAGAGUCGCUUGAAGAUCCUGAAGGAAGCCAUGAGCAAAUACGGUGGGAUUGGCAUUGCAGCACCUCAAAUUGGAUGGUGGGUCCGUGCCAUGUGCUUCGGCAUUGAAGAUGGGAAUCCACGCUAUCCUGCUGCACCUCCAGUGUCUUUCCAGUAUUGGAUCAACCCCGAGAUAACUUGGUUCAGCGAGGAGACGAGUUGGAUGUGGGAAGGCUGCCUUUCUGUGCCAGGUCUGCGUGGCUGGGUGGAGCGCCCUCGCGAGAUUCGCAUGAAGGGCCUGAACGAGCACGGUGAGUCAGUGGAAGUGCACUUCAAAGGUUUAGCGGCCCGAAUCGCCCAGCACGAGUUUGAUCACCUCGAUGGUGUCUUGUUUCCCUUCCGAGUCGAAAGUGCCAAGCUUUUGGUGCCAAACAGCGUCUUCGACGGCAAGGAGCAGUGGCAAAGCGAUUGGCCAACGCCCGGAAGUUUCCGGACGAAAGCUGGAGAUCUGUCCCUGCAGAAGUGAGCUCCGACCAGUCAAAA